UCUUGCUGUGUUCGGCUUGUUGCAUUUCAAGUUUAAUGGUGUAAUGAUGUAUUCUCACUUCUAUAGAAAAGUACAGUAAGGAAAAAUACCUUAAUGUACUGUGGUAAGUGUGUGUGUUGGUGGAGAGGGGAUGUUGUGUGUGCGCAGAGGGCCACGAUAUGAACACCUGGUAGGGCGUCUUUUUGCACACUGGUGCGUCAAAAGCGUGCUAUUUGACAGCAAACGCACGUCGUUGACGUGUGAUUUUCCAUAUAAACCCACGUUCUCGACGUGCGCUUUGGAGCCACGGAAAAAGCAUGCUUUGAGCAUUUUCGACGCCCGUUUUUGGCCAGAUAAACGCACGUUAUGAACAUGUAAUCAGGUCAACAAAACAUGCAGUGGAAAUGUGUGUUUCAAGUGUCCAAACAGGCGAAAAGAACGUGCUCUCUUCAUUUCGAAAGCGUGUACUCAUUGUUUUGCGCUUCUGUGUGUCAUGUUUUGUCCGCUAGGUGGCGUAUGGACUUGUUGAAUCCAACCAAAACAAUAUGGAAUUAUAUUAUAUUAACUGAUUUUAAUGAUGUGAGUUAUUAUACUGAACGGAAAGUGGAUCAUGAUUGUUCAGUUACUACAAGCAUAAUUUAGCUCCAUAAAAAAAGACAGAGCCUGCCUUGCGUAUGAAACAAAACUUUUCUUUAAAAUGGCCGUAGGGGAAGCCAGUGGAAAAAUAUCUUUAAUCAAACCUAAAAGUUUCUAAGGUAGUUGUGAGGAACAUAUGUAUAUGCCACAUUUAUGUGACCUCUUGUAUUCAGCCUCUUUGUUGUUGUGCUUCGGCUCAUUAUAAUAUAAUAUUAUAAUGCAAUGCAGUGGUUAAAACCAUUUAACACAACACUCUAAUAUAAGCUAGAACGCGAGUCGCUUGUUACACAUAUGGUCCUCACAAGCAGGCGAGUAUAGGACAAAAACAAAAAGCAAACGUUUUCGACACGUGUUUCCCGACAACUCAAAGCGCACCUCGAUGACGUGCGUUUGCUGUCAAAUCACAUGCUUUUGAUGCCCCAGUGUGCAUUAAGACGCCCUUCCAGGCGUUAAUGGAUACUUUGGCUUUCCAUACAACGACUCAAACAUCCCGGUGCGCUAUACUGCUGAAUACUGUCACAUUCUCCAGUCACCUCACCAGCAUCUGUCACAAGCGCACUAAAUUUCCCACAAUCCCUCUUGGCAGUUUACCUGUGAUCAAUUGCCAGUCAUGCCGCCUGCCAUCCCACUGUCAAAAAUAAACAUAAAAUUACAGUGAAACACAAGUAUUUUGGGGGGGACAACUGGCAGGUAUGGUUACCUGAAAAUUUCCGGAAAAAUAUGUAAAAAAAAGUGUAAACAUUUUACAGUUACAGUUUAAAACUGAAAAUUACUGAAAAUAAUUGUAUUUUUCAAAAUAUUUUUUUACAAUGCUUAGCUGUAUGUUUAACUCUUACGUGUGUGAAAAUAACAUAAAGAUAUAUAGCCUAGAUGAUAUACACUUUACUUAAAAAAUAUCAUUUUAAGAGUCAAACAAAAUCGCAUCAGUACAUCCUGCACAAGAGACUCCUCUGUUAGUCCAUGAGAGACUUUCAGCUCUGCAUUGUUUGCGGAACUGUGCUUAAAGUGUCUGACCAAUUAACGGCACUUGGCUAAAACAAUGUAAAAUACGCGAUUACUCUUUGUAUAACGUGCACCACAAGGAAUAUGCUCGAAUGGUAAACUCCUUGCAGCAGCAAUCAUAGUGGGAGGACUGUCCGUUACUAUAGUUGUGACUUUGUCCGUUGAACCAAGUGACUCAUUUUUUUAGCUUUUUCAGUGUCAUACAGUUUAUGUAUUCUCAUAAAAAUAGUUCCCCUCGAAGGUAACAGGUAUGAUGGAUCGCCUGCGGCAAUCUGAAUGAUGUCUUGAAACUCACGGUCCUGAACUAUGCUGAUGGGUCAUUAGUCUGUGGCGAUCCAUUUAGUGAUGGAAUUAGUUAACUUUGAUGUUGUUGUUUUGUUCACAGGCAUUCCUCUGCUGCAUUUUUCCAGUGUCCUUUGACAAGCAUGGCUUGUUGACGCUGUCUCAGCACUAGCAUCUUUGCUAACAUCUGCAAGAAUAUGUUUGGCCCAAAGAUGAUACUCCAAACUUGUUGUGCUUCGUUGAAAAGACAGUUCAUCACUACAACAAUGGAACACAACUUGGUUUUAUCCAAACUUCCAUCUGGAAGCUUUUUAUAACGAAACUUGACAUAAAGCAGACCAAGCGCAAUGUGUCAACAUAUUAAGCAGUGUAUCAGUGUUUGCUGUUACGUUAACCAUAUCACACAAUGGUAUAAAACAAUCCGUGCAUAUUAAGGAGUUAAAUUGUUUUGUUAAAGCGUAUGCGUUAACACGUUAACGUUGACAACUCUAAAUAAUAUUAAUAUUAACAUAAACAUAUUUCUAUGUUGUGUCUCACACAGGAUAGUGAUUCAUUUUUUGACCUCUCUGGCGCUGAAGUUUCAUUCGGUCUACCAGUGGAGAGUGUUCAGAGAAGUUCAGCCAACCCAUUUUUACCAACAGCACAGAAUGGGCCUACCAUCAGCCAAUGGAAUCCUUUCUAUUCAACCCCACAGGACUGCAGCGUGAAAAUGGUUGAUGAGGAGGACAACAUAAUUCAAUAUAAAUUCUUACAAAAUAUAAAUAAUUUAAACAUAGGACAGAGCGACUCUGUUAAUAAGACAAAAACAGAGUCACCACCAUUUUUCGAUUUUAAAUUGGAUAAUACUCUCUAUCCAGCCUCGGACUGGGUUGUGCCUCCCCCACCGGAUUUUUGUCAGGACACCGAUUCACAAACAUUUAACAACCACAUGCUUCAUGUUUGUCAAACCCCACAAUCAUUUGAAAUUGGGGAUAAAACAGCAGCCAUUUGUCAACCUUUGAACACUGAUCUGCAUAGUUCCCCGGCCAAUCAGAACACAGAAUCAGAAUCUCCAUCAUUAUCCAACCAGAGGGAUAAUCAUGUGGAAUUGAUUUUCUCCAGGCAGGCCAAAGCUAGAACCUUUCCAAUACUACAAUACAAUCCUACAAAUGUUUUUCAAAAAAACAUGAACACAGAGAGAUUCUUUGAGACUUCAUCAACAGAUAAUUUAUUUCAUUGCUUACCUCCCACCUCACCUCACGUUUCCAAAACCAAGGAAACAAAUAGUGAUCUUUUUAACACAUUCCCUUCCAUCACUGAAGAAGAGACCUCAUCAUCUACACUAUUAAAUCCACCUUUAAUGGAGGCCAAUAUUAACGGGUUUAAUUAUCUAUCUGAUCUACCAGCCAGUACUCAGAAUGGUGUAAAGUUUAACCCCCACGAGAUGCCACACACCAGCCCAUUUGACAUUUCUCAAAUGGGUUCACAAAAUGGAAUCCGAGAAUUAUCUGCUGUUGCAGCACCUAUCACCAGCUUCACACCCAUUGGGAACCUGAACUACAGAAGACGUCCUCCUGUAACUCGCAGUAAAACACCUAAGAACGCUUUCAGUAACAUUAACACAUCCUUGCUGCAGACACCAUCACCUUCCAGACUUAUCUCUCGUGGUGCAGCUAGCGUCCAGAACAUGACAUCAACAGCAGUGCUUGAUCCCCUGGUUUAUGAGGACAUUCUUCUCACUGGUCAGGAAUAUUGCGUAGAAGACUGGCCAGAGGACAAUCCAGAAUUUUUCACUGAACGGAAACCAACUGGAAAGUUAAAGCUUAGAAGAGAUUCAAUACGGGUUUCUGACAUCAAUGGGAUUGAUGGAACAGCUGAUACAAAGAAACAAAAAAAGAAAAUCAAAGUCAAAUUUGUUCCGAAAAAAGGAUUUGUUUUUGGAUUUGACAAGGAGAAUAACAAUGCUGAACUAAAAGGAGCUUGUGGAUAUACAGUUCAUCAAAACUUAAUGAAGACAUCUAAUCAGGACAAGGAAUUUCAUAAAGAAGCAGAUCUCUUCACAACUUUCAAAUCCAAUGAAAGGCAUCAAGAGAUCCAAGACUGUCGACCAGUUUCAAAGCAGAUCAGAAAGAAGAAGAGUUUUCACAUAAUGCCAGCUACUGACACAAUGGCAGCCAGUGAGGAGAAAGAAUUUCAUAAAGUAGCAGAUUCCUUUACUUCCAUAGAUUACAAUGAAAAGCACCAUGAGAUGCAAGACUGCCGACCAAAAUCAACGAAAUUUAAAGUUCUCCGCUUGCAAAGUCAAUCUAAGAGUACUGAAGAUGCAGAGGUCAAGCUGCAACCAAACAUAAACAGUGAUGCAUCAGUGAUAAAGAAGACAUCGAUUCCUAUAGUACCAGCACUGACCCUGAAAAAUCUGAAGGAAAAUAAACCACAGAAAUCCAAGCAAAUGGGAAAGCAUCUCAAAGGGUCCAAGAAUAAAGAAACCAAAGACUUUCCUGAAGACCUUGACCAUCCAUGUACCACCUCUGAAGACUAUUUUCUGUCUUAUGCUGCUAAGGACAAUAAACCAAAGAAAUCCAAACAAAUGGCCAAGUAUCUCAAAAAGUCCAAGAAUAAAGAAACCAAGGACUUUCCUGAAGACCUUGACUUUCCAUGUGUCACAUCUGAAGACUAUUUUCCGUCUGAUGCUGCAAAGGCUGAAUGGAUGUCUUCUCAGAUGGACAUAAGAAGAGCAAAAGGUCAGGAGGAAAAGGAGAGCCUUGAAAAAGUGGAAGAAGAUGAGGACACUGACAGCCUCGCAGAGUGGUGGAAUACAGUGGAGUUUUGGGAUGAAUUGCCGCCUGAUGAGAAAAUCAGCCUGAAAGAGGAUGAGAACAUAUCAUUUAAAGUGAUUGCAGAUAAGGUCCAUCGUGGCCUCCGCGUGUACUUAAAUCUCUUCAUGGAGCGAGCUGAACUUCUCUACCAGCAUGUCCUGAUUUUAUAUGCCAUUGGUGAUGACCUCAGUAAAUUCCAUCAUCGGGCAAAAAUAAUGAACAUCACUGGAGGAACCACCACAGCUGUGGGAGGGGCCGCAGCUAUCACAGGCCUGGCUUUAGCACCAGUCACUUUUGGUGCUUCACUCUUAAUCUCGGCUAUUGGACUAGGUGUGGCAACAGCAGGUGGCAUCACAGCGGCUUCAGCGACUAUUUCGGAUAAUUUCAACAACAUGCAUGACCGUAAGAAGAUUGAAAUAAUCGUUCAGGACUAUGAGGCCCAGUUGAUUGAAAUGCAGCACUGUUUGCAAUUUAUAACUGAAGGUCUAAGACGCCUACAUAGACAUCCGUUACUACGACGAAACAACUACUAUCUCGGUGACUGGGAAUUACGUCGAGCUCUGCAAACUAUAACAUUUGCAACUGACCCUGUAGAGCGAGCUGAAGAAAUAAUGAACAAUACACUGGCCAGGUUGAACAGCCUUCAUAAAGGAAUGGACAGGUACUUUACAAAAGACUCAAAAGACGUGAAGAAAGGAUGUAAAAAGGAGGUGACUGCUGAAGUUAGAUACUUGGCUAAUCGUCUGCACGAAGCCUUAGUGGAGCUCAACUCCAUCAGAGAAAAGCUACUUGAUGAAAUUGGGAACCUUUGAAAAAUGGACAUAACUAGAAUAGACCAGUUAAAUAAGCAAUCUUAUCCAUAAUGCUAUGGAGAAUGAAGAAUAAUGUAUUUUAAAAAUAGGCUACUGUAAAUGCCUAAAAGUAAAAAAAUGUCUUAUCUGACAAAACAGGUAUGGCAACUGCAACAGAUAUAUUUUUAACAAUUUUAACAUUAUCUAUAAUGCUAUCCAUCCAUCCAUUUUCUACCGCUUUAUCCGAACUACAUCGGGUCACGGGGAUCCUGUGCCUAUCUCAGGAGUCAUCGGGCAUCAAGGCAGGAUACACCCUGGAUGGAGUGCCAACCCAUCGCAGGGCACACACACUCACUCAUUCACUCACGCACUCACCUAUAAUGCUAUAUUGGUUCAAAUUACUCAUACUUAUGAUGAUUAUUGCUUUUCUCUUAAGGAAAAAUAGUUGCUGCUGCCUUUAAACAAAUAUAUCAUAAAACAGCCAUGUUAAAAUCUGUAACAACGUCAUUUCUUUUACCUUGCCUGUGAAAACCCGGCUAGAAUUUUUUUGUGAUUUACUGUUUAAAAAUCAUUCUACAUGAUUUAAAGUACAUUCUUUGAAAAUUUGACUCUGAUGUCUUUAAUAAGUCAAAAAUUGAUUGUGACUGGGUCACAAACUUGUCAUUGUUGUAAGUGUUCCACAAUUGUAGAAAAAAGUCCUCUAUUCUGUCAAAUCUUACAAAACAAUACUAUAUGGUGGUACAAAUGUUUUCAUAUUGAA